AUGUUUGUGCAAAUCAGUGUUGACUUAAAAUUUAAUAUAUUCUAUUUCCAGCUGAAAUUCGAAGGUACAGUUGGCACAGCACCCACCUACCAGGGAGACAUUGCCUUGGAUGACAUCUUCGUUAGCCAGGGGCGAUGUCCAUCACCCACCCCCACUGCCACUCCUAGCCCUUGUGCCAUCAGGUGUAAGAACAAUACCUGUGUCCCCGCCAAUAAACUUUGUGACUUUGUCAAUGACUGUGGAUCCAGUGACGACACAGAUGAGAAGAAGUGUGGAUCAUGCGAUUUUGAGAAUGGUAAGAUUGGUAUAGAACUCCCCCCUGAAUCAGACCUCAAAAUUAAAUGUGUCCGGGGGGGUUGUGACAUAACCUUCAAUAAUCAUGUCUCGACAUUUGGAUGAAAAUGGUACAAUUAUUCUUAAGCCUUCUCCCGACCAGCUGAAUCUGAUCUUAAAAUUGUGACCAAUGGGUUUCCAUAGUAACAAUGGAUCAUUGGUCCACCUCUAGAGCGAACUGUUUAAAACUGGUAGAGCUAUAGAUUAUAAUUAAUUUAUUUUAAGUUUCUUUUUGUAGUAACUGGACCAGUAGCCAUGUUUCAAUGUACAAUAACGAAUACAAACGCUCAGAGAGUUUAUAGAACAUUUUAUUUCUUUCUAAGGUCUCUGUGGAUGGAAUGAUACAAGUAGUGGAGUAUUUGCAUGGCAUCGUGGUAGGGGUGGUACUCCUUCAAAAAAUACUGGGCCUAGUACAGAUAACACCAAAAGUAAGAUUUAGUAGAACUGUACUGUAUUGUUUUGCUCUGUAGUGUAGUGUAGUGAAGUGUACUGGACUGUCCGUACUGUACGGUACUGUACUGUCCGUACUAUUUAAAACAUGAGCAGCAGUGUUUUAUCAGAUAUAAAGAUACUAGGCGAAGCCGAAUAACUUUAGGUCUGAUAAAAACACGCACUGUUUUAAAUUGCUUCAAAAAUGAUCGAUCUACCGGGUGUCCCAAAAAAAAGUACUCCGGUUUGAUUCGUAAUAACUUCGAAACAGGUAAAGCUUUUAAAGAGAAAUAACUUGGAUCAAAUAGAGGAAGCCCUAACUUAGAUUUUGAUAUAUUACACUUGUAUUUCACUUAGAAAUUCGCGGAGAUAUUAAUGUUUAAAAUCGGGAGCAUAUUUCUGGAUGUGUCUGAAAUAUGCAAAAAACGGGGUAUCAAAUAUUAAUCAAGAUUUGCCCGACUGAAGCAUGCACUAUUACCAGUAAAUAAAUGACACUUGACAAAUUGUUUAUUAUGAAACAAAGUAUUGUUAUCUACAAAAUACAAGGAAGAUUUAUUCGUCCGAAAUCCGUGUGUGUUCCUAUAGCACGAGUACGUUUCCUUAAUUCAUAAGACCACUGACUGCAUCGCGAAGGAUCGUCAUGGAUCGUUCGUGUUCUGAAUUAGGGGAUGCUGUCACAAUGGAAUUGUGAAGCUCUUCUAACUUUUGCAACGUUCUGAAAUCUUGUUAAGAACACUCAAUGUUUUUUGCUUUUUCUUAAUCUUGGCAAGUUCAGAAUAAACUAAGAAUGAAACACAAUCAAACCAUACAACUCCAUAAGACAUAACAAGCAACUCCCCAGAGACAUCCAACAUUUUUGGAACAAAACGUAACAAAAUAGUAGCGUUGAUACUGUGAUGUGUAUUUGCAAAAUGCAGUAUUAUUUCCUUCAUUAAAAAAUAAUAUUCAUCCUGCUCUAAUCGAGAAAUAUUCAACUCUGUUUUCAACCCAUGAAAAGCAUAAAAAAUAUAGGCUAUUUAAGAAAAAUUUAAGCGCCUGCCCUGAAUGGUCUUUCAUCUACCUUUAAGUUUGUAUUAAAGACCUAUUAAAUACAUUACGUUUAUAUUUCGUAAUAUAAUACGAACGUUUAUAUUUCAGGAAACAAUGAGCUUAGAUGUAAGAUGUCUAAAUCUACGCCAUAUCCUUAUACAAUCCCUGACGACAAUUCGCUGAAAUACAAGUUAGCCUGAUAUGUCAUUAAACAAACAAACGCUGGAGUUAAUAUUUGAUAUGCCGGUUUUCGCUAAUUUUAGACACAUCCCAAAAUAUGCUCCCGAUUUUGAACAUUAAUAUCUCCGUAAAUUUUUAAGUAAAAUACAACUGUAAUAUAUCAAAAUCUAAGUUAGUCCUUCCUCUAUUUAAUGCAAGUUAUUUCUGUUUGAUAGCUUUACUUGUUUAGAAGUUAUUAUAAAUCACACCGGAGUACUUUUUUUUGGGACACCCGGUACAGUACUAAAGUGCCUUGCAAUAAUGGAGAUGCAUGGCUAAAGUCUCUUGCCUAUGUGAAUUUUCAAACAUUUUAACCCCGCAAAUUGGAAGGGGCACCUCUCUAAUGGGACACCUCUCUUUGGUGGAAAGGUUUUUGUAGAGAUGGAAAUUCUGAGUGAAAACUAUAAUACUGUACAUAUUAUAGAAUUAAUAGUGUUUAUUUGCGGGCGGCGGUUGCCAAAACUAUGGAAAAACAGCGAUUCAUAUGAGAUGUACAAUAUAGUACAUGUAAUACAUGCUAAAAAAAGAUACUGACGUACAGGUAUGAACAUUUUGUGCCCUAGCUUUCUUUAUUGUUAUUAAGAUUGUGUUUUCUUUACAAUUUUCUUGUUUAGAACCUGUUGAAGAAGCUGCUGUUACCAAUCUCACUGUGAACUUUGGUCCACAACAUCCUGCAGCUCAUGGUGUCUUACGACUUGUUCUUGAACUUGAUGGAGAGGUGAAUAUGAUUUUAUAUUUUAUCUUUCUUGUGCAUGUAUCCUUGGGAAAUUAGCAUGAAUGUAAUUAAUUGACUGUUCAUGAGCAGUCUGGUGUUUCCAUAUAUGGACACCCAUCUUUGACUGCUGUGGAAAUUUUUUAAGAAAUCAGUUUUUUUAAAACAAAGAGUUAAAUAUUGAGAAUUAAUGAAUUAUUGAAUAAAAAGUGAGUUUUAUUAUGAUCUUGAAGACCUUUCAAUAGUUAUCCCAAAAAAACAACAAUUUGCCAAGCAGGUUUACCUGUACGGUGAAAAAUUACAGGCUAAAAAAAAAGUAAAAAUAUUUAGACAUGGCUUUAUAAGUUACAGUACUUGAUGUUUUUUGCGAAACAAAACUAUAAAUAUUGACAUGAAAACAGAGAAUGAGAAGGUAAAUUCUAUUCAGUAAUUUUUGCUCCGUGGUAACAAAUAAUUUACCUUUGGGGACUCAGCUGUUCAGGAUUGAUUGUAAACACAGAUAAUUAUUACAAAAUUGAGAAAAAAUUUAUACUGUACUGUAUUCCUGCAAAAGCAAUUGCCCUAUCCUAAGCCAAUUAGAAUUGAGGAUCUUUUUCAUAAAAAGUAUAUUUACUAGGCUUGUACAUAUCAAACAUGUAAUGACUAAUUAGUAAAUGUAUUUUUCUGACUACUGUAGACUGUAGAGAGGGCUGAUCCACACAUUGGACUACUUCAUCGAGGAACGGAAAAGCUGAUAGAGUAUAAGACCUACUUACAGGUUUGUUAGUGUUGAAGUUCGUAUGGAACGAAAAAUAGUCAUAUUCUUUACCUUCACUGAAUAUUUCCCAUAUCCUCUUUUGAUAUUUAUGACGGUUUGAUAUGAAAAAAAGCACAUCUUUCUACAUUUUACUGUUUAUUAAUACAGUUAUAAUUCAUACAUACAUGCACUGAUACCUAUUUGUACAGUGCAUAUGUCGCGUUGACUUUAGGAGGGUACGUUAUAAGUUCUAAAGAUUGAAGAUUCCAUGGGGGACGUGACCUAGUUCGCUGCACUUUCCAUAAAUUUGUUUCCACCUCCCUCGCCAUUUCCACUAAGAUAUGGGUCUGAUUUCCAGUCAAAGGAUGCUUUACCCCAACCAGCAGGGUCUUUACCUUCACACGGCGCUCUUUGCUGUAGCGCCGUGCGGAAGUAAAGACCCUGGCUUGUGAGGUUGGCUUUACCCGCGCAUACAUCCAUCAAAUCUUGUACUGAAAUGAGUCGUUGUCAUAUGUAGGUCAGAUGUAUUUCGACUAUCUUGCAGCAUGUCAAAUGUAUUUUAAUUUGCCUGUACUUUGCAUGUAUUUCCUAAUAUAAUAUUGUGUGAUUAUUCCUAUGUAGGCCUUGCCUUAUUUCGACCGCUUGGAUUAUAUGUCUAUGAUGGCUAACGAGCAAUGUUUCUCACUCGCUGUCGAAAAUCUUCUUAAUAUCGAAGUCCCUGAGAGAGCCAAGUGGAUCAGAGGUAAGGUGUAGGAUAAUAUUUACUUUAUAUACACUGUAGAGGUGUGCAAAUCCGAUCCGAAUCCGAUCCGAUCGGAUUCGUUCGGAUUUCGGAUCCAAAAUUUUCAUAUCGGAUCGGAUUGAUAAAGUUGUUUCGUAGUCGGAUCGGACUUCGAUAUCCGAAAUAAAAUAAAUUAAUUAUCCACGCAUUAUCACAAGAAUUAAUUAUCAAAGCAUUAUCGCGGUUGUCGCUGCAUUAUUCGUUUGAUACUUCAAUUGGAUGUUACUUUGUCAGCUUCUUGACAUGCAUUUCUUGCUUUUAUAUUUAUUUGGUUAAAUAUUUCAACUUGAAUGAGAAAUUUAUUUUAUUAAAGAAUUCAUCGGAUCGGAUUGGAAUUCUUUAUCAAAACUCGGAUCGGAUUCGGAUUAGACAAUUUCGGAUCGGAUCGGAUUUUAAACAUUAGGCAAUUGUCGGAUUAUAAACGUCCAAUCCGAUACGAUACACACCUCUAAUACACUGUAUGCGAACACAUUUGGUGUUCAGUGGUGGCUAAGUAAUAUUUAUAGCACGACUACGUACAGUACAUUUUAAUGAUUUUAUCAUAUUUAAAAUACGAGGGCGUAGCCUAAGCUUUUUAGAUAUGAUGAAAUGCGAAUAGGAGUGCUUUGAAUAUCUUCAAAUACGACUCAAAAUUGACGUUCGCCAUUUUGAAUAUUAUCAGGGGGUGAAUGCCUCUCAAACGCGCACAGGCUAGGACCAUGGCGUCGGCAUUUUCAUGACGAAUUACGGUUACGCCCAAAUCAUAGAAAAAACCAAGAAGUCGGGCUUCUGUGUAGCCUAUUCUGUGUUAUUGCGCUUCUUGGGUCUUCAAAUGUCAUUUAACAGUUCUUUUCAGGAAUGACCUUUAUAUUAAUCAUUAAAUUCACUCCUUCACUUAUAUCGCUGUCUAUUUCACUGUGUGGUUUGCCACCCAAAAAUGACGGCCUAGGCCUGGUCGCAUGGCGUGGGAAAGGCUAAUUUUAAACUCUGUCUCGCGGCCACGCAGUGCCGUAGCUAAGCAUGGUGCCUGGAUACGAGGCAGCUUAUUAAUUGCAUGUCUUCCCUGAGGGAUAGGAAAUAUAUGUUCUCACACUUUUGAAAAAUAUAUAUAUAUUACGGUAAUCAUUUGCCCUGCCCAUUUAAACAACAUUUUAAUACAGCAUCAUACGUGAAGGAAUGAUUGUAUGAUACGGGCUUGAAACAAUGAAACACAGUGUGAGGUGUUUUUGAAUCAAUAUUAGUGAGCUUAAGCAAGUAACACGUCAACACGGACGUCACCCAAAAUUGGUAUAACUAAUUUGGGCGGCAUUUUGCAUCAUAUAGCCCUCUUCAAUCUUGUAAGGAAGGUAUGUUUUGUCAUAUAUUUUUUGAAGAUUACCACGAAUUAACACAAACACAGUUUUUAAUCCAGUUUAAUCCUCGGCAAUCUGACGUUGGUGUUGACAAAAACGUCACUUAAGGUGGAGUAAUACGGGCAACAAAAUUGCUGCAACUUGCAACAAAAUCUGAUUUCUACGCAUGUUAAUUGAAAAUGUGUACACAUAUAUUACAAAUCACGAGGCAACAUGUGUCAACAUUUCUACUUAACAUGCGUUGAAGUCAGAUUCUCCCUAUUAUAAAUCACUGCGUCUGUGAGAUAAAAUUUCUCAAACAGACCAGUAUGUAGAUUCAACGGCAAUAUGAAAGUUAACUUGAUUUAUAAAUUUUUAUUUCCGUGGUAUCACGACAACAACACGGUGUUUGUUUCUUGAAUAAAAAAGUUGGUAUAAAUGUUAUUUAGUGUUGUUUGGUGAGCUGACUCGUGUAUUGAAUCAUUUACUGGCUGUGGGUACUCACGCCCUUGAUGUAGGAGCCAUGACACCUGUAUUUUGGUUCUUUGAAGAAAGAGAAAAGGUGAAUCCCCAUCUCUCCAACAUACAUUUGUUUUAAUUUAUUUUUUUUAAAUUAUUAAUUUUUUUUCGUCUGUAAUUUGUCACUAAUUUUAACUAAAGGGCCCACAAUAAUUGGUGUAAACUGUUGAAAUAAAGAAAUAAAUACUAAAGUAUGAAGUACUUGGUCAAUAGAAAAUUUAUAAAAUAGAAUUUUAAUGUAAUUGAGUUACUACUGUAUAUGCGUGCACUAUAAAUUAGAAGUAUUAGUAAUAUAUCACAUGUGUUGUAAAUCAGUAAUGUGUUGUAAAUCAGUAAUGUGUUCUAAUGUCAUGAUUAGUAUUCACGAGUACUCAAUAAAUUUAACAAAACAAAUAAAAACAAAAUAUUUGUGGUUUUAAAAUAAAUACGUCGUCAAUAACGCUUUACACUCGAUUUUGUAGAUGAUGGAGUUAUACGAGCGUGUGUCAGGAGCAAGAAUGCAUGCUGCUUAUGUUCGUCCUGGAGGCGUAGCCCAGGUAGACUACACGUAAUUUUUUAGAAUGUGUGAAAUUUGAGAUCCACGUUUGAAACGACAAUUAGCAAUUUCCCAAUCGAGCAGAGGAAUGGGUCUAGUCCCUUUUUUGGAGGGACAAAAAAUAAACAAUGCCGAAUAUGGCAUUUAGGAAGUUUUCCUACAUUCCUAAAGUUACUUGUGCAGCCUGAAACGCAACAAUUAUAAUAAGGCAUGUUAGGCAUCUUUUAAUAUAUAUUUAGCUCGCUCACUAUAACUUGUUGUCCCUCCAAAUAUCAACUAGACCCAUUCCUCUGCUCGAUUGGGAAUUGGCUAUAUACAUGUCAAAAAGUAAACUAUAUUUCGAUUACAUUUUCUUGCCAUAGGAAAAGCGUAAAGUAUAAUUUAGGGAUGCAUUAGAUAUUUUCCCUAUAUACCUGUACGUACAGUACAUGUGCUUCUGAUCAAAUAUGGUUUUCUGAAGCUUGCAAGGUGGUGACUGGUCACCUUGUUACUACUGUAAUAGAAUUAUUCAGUACAGUAACUUACAUUUCCUUGCAACGUUGUAAAGGAUCUUCCAUUGGGACUCAUGGAUGACAUGUAUGAAGUGAUUCGAAAAAUUCCGCAACGAAUGGACGAGCUAGAGGAGGUAAGUACUACGGUAUAACAUGGAUGGAUUUACUGGGGUGGUGCAGGAUUAUACUAUCAAUUUGGAAUGGCAAUAUCCUGCCACCAUUACCACAAUAAUGCUCCUGAACACUUGGGGUUGGUAGUUUGACAUUGCGGAUACUGUAUAGAAAUAAUUUAGGGCUCCUUUCCACUCAUCGCAAAAAUCAACUCGUAAGGUCGCUUCUUUCAUCUAAUUAAAAUAAGCUAUCGAGCGUUGUGAUUGCAUGAAAGUACCCGCAACGAACAUUCGAGUUCACUCUUGCGAUGAGUGGAAAAGAGGCUUCAGACUUUUAGAUCUCUUGGAGACCUCUUGCAUGUGUUGCAAAGAAAUGAAUCAGGUAUCUACCAAUCCAUACAUUACAGUUACCAUGAUUACAAAAUAUCAUUCUGUUUCAUUCACAGAUGUUAACUAACAACCGUAUUUGGAAGCAAAGGACAGUUGAUAUUGGCGUGGUUAGUGCCAAGGAUGCACUCAACCUUGGCUUCAGGUAAUGCCAGGCCACAAACUGCUUAAACCAACACAAAUUCUUGACAGCUCGGUACCUGCUAAGUAUAUAAAGAUGUUUGAUACUAGCAGCGAUCAUCCAACCAAGUGUUUGUUAGAUGUUGACGUAGUAAGGCCACAAUAGACUUAUACAUAAUGACGUCACAAGGCUUGGAUGCACGCGAGGAAUGCUGGUCUUAGUAGUCAUCGCAAGGGAAAAUUAAACAAUUCAAAAUGACCACUAUCGACAUUUUCCCGGUCAUGACUACUUAAACCAGCAUUCCUCGUGGGCAUCAAGCCUUGUGACGUCAUUAUGCAUAAGGUCUAUUGCUCGUUUCUAACUAUACUAUACUAUAUUAUACCAUACCAUACCAUACCAUACCAUACACUAUAAUGAUAUGAUUAUAUAACAUUUUGUAAUAUAGAUAUAGCGGGCAAUGCCAUAAAUUGGCUAUAUACGGAGUUUGAUAAGCGAAAAUCAAGGAAGCACGAUCUAAUAAUUCGGAUAUUUAUUUAGUUAAUUUAGCUACUGUAGUUUAUUUUGAAGUAUUUUAUAGCUUUUAUUUAGUGACGACGAACUUUGGCAAGCAUUUGUAGUUCAUAAGAUUCUACGUCUGUUGUAGUAAGCCGGCAGUGAGUCGCAUUAUGCAUGAUCUAGAGUCUCGAGCGAAGCACAACCGGUAAUAGUUCGUCUGGACGUAUACUGUAAUGCCUCUCUGUAUAAAAAUUCGACCCACAGACAAAAUAAUUUUUGAAAAAUGUGAGACGUAUAUAAAAAUAUAUAAAGUGCAAUUUAAACUUAUUCAUUGGAUAGUUCGUCCAGUUUUUACAGUAGACGAGUGAUAUAUUUCCCUUCAGACGCGGAAUAAUGUGUAUGAUAAUCACUGCUAGGUUUUCCUACAUCGUAGCAAUUUUCUUUCUAGUAGAAAUUUCUAUGAAAAUGAGACAUAGCUACAGUAGUCUCUGUUCUACUGAAGCUUGAGUCGGAAUCCCACUGGAACCUGGCUGUGACGUCACCAUAUGCAUUGCACAGAUAACCCAGACAGCAACUGAGAGAGGAGAGACUGGUACUAGACCACAAGAACCCCAGGUUAUAUAGCUAGUUGUGAUAAUUUUAUAUUUUUAGCCCGCAUAUAGGCUAAAAAAAGGAACUAGAUUCGGUUCCGAAAUAUCACAUACUUGAACCGACCUGACCGCGUAGCUCAGUUGGCAGAGCAUUGGACUGGUAUUCCAAAGGUCGUAGGUUCGAUUCCCAACGUGGCCAGGCCAUCAUCUAUGGGCCAGGCAUAUAUUUCAAGCCUGCCCGGUGUGGAUAUACACUCAGAGUAACAUCACAAGCGUCAUAUUCAAAUGUAAUACCUUGUCCAAUGAGACGAUAUCCUGUUACUGCACAGCACCUACAUGCCUCGGAUGUAUUUUGGCCGAAUUUUGUCGUUCCUUCGCGGAUUUUGAAGUGAAUUUAAGCAUCGUUGUUUUGAGAGUUGUAUCUUUGUGUAUGUUAUCAUUCUUGCCGGGGAUAGCGAUUAAAUUCGGAAGAAAUGCAUUUAAGUCGAAAAAUCGAGGAACGUUUUGGGCGCCGUAUAUGCAAGUAUGGGAUAUUUUGGGCGCUCUGUUUCCGUCCUAGUUUUAAUAGUAACCGCAAGAGCAGGCGCGCCGGCGACCCAAUGCUAUGCGGGCUAAAAAAUAUCACAACUAUAUAACCUGGGGUUCUUGUGACUAGACUGAUGAUAACCAGGCCAAACUCAUUUAGUAUUUGUCUUUGCAGUGGUGUUAUGGUGCGAGGUUCUGGAAUACAAUGGGAUUUACGUAAAGCUCAACCUUACGAUGCUUAUGAUAAAGUGGAAUUUGAUGUUCCUAUUGGUAUCAACGGAGAUUGUUAUGAUAGGUACGGUUUUAUACUAAUUAUUAUUAAGAGGCAAUUUUUUUCAAUGACACGUAUUUGCGAUGAAAAGUGUUCAAAACCUAAAAUCUUUUUGGCGUUCCUCUCAAAAUUACUUUGUUUUAGCUUUAUUCUCUAGUUUAUAGAGUUAGCAACCUUUUCAAAUGCAUCUGCCAGUUGAGGAACAUAAAAUAAUAGUUAAAAAUUGUCAAUUAAAAUACAAUUAUCAAUGAUGCUUUAAAAUUGACGCCAUAUUUACAGCCAUAUAAGCCUGAAAACUUACUGAACUUCAGACAUCAUUUUCUCUUUGGCGUAUCAUCUAAAAUCUCUUCAUUUUAGCAUUAUUUUACAGAUAAAGCACUAAACAUACUUUUUAAGUUUGUUUGCCGAUUGAGAAACGUAUCGAAAAAUAAAAAUUUUGAAUUUAGUCAUAACCUCAAGUGGUAUAUUAUGCACAUUAGUUUUAUGUAGGGCAAGGGAGUUUAAGCGAGUGGAUCUAUACAUGUAACAUGGUCUCCAAAUUUUACUUCAUUAAUUUUACUUUGAAUCCUUGAUUCCUUAAACGAAGUUACAGAAGUUAUUGAACACCAGUGGCGUGCUAGCAGGGCAGAGGGGCACCCCCCCCCCCUCCCCUGGCGAGGGUUUUUUAGCGGGCGCAAACGUUUUGGGGGUUCAUUGCUGAACACCUAUACUUCGCAAUGUGACUGCAUGCCUUUAGAGACUAUAUAGAGUCUACUUUCGUAUAUUUUCAUUCAGUUAACACUUAGUAUAUUUCUCUAUAGGGUCGUAAAAUUUAUCAGUGUGCAGUGCUUGUGCUAAUUCCAUUAUCUAGCUUCAGUGAAUUAUAUCAAAUUAACAUGUAUAUAGCAUAGUGCAUGGCCCAGUUUUAUCUUAACUACUUUUGUAGUUAACUAAUACUCUAAAAUACGUGAUUCUGAUUGGCUAACUUUUCCACUAUAUUAACUACUUUUUAUAGUUGUUCCAGAGUUACCGGUUACUGACCAUGCAGUUAAAGUUGUUAUGAAAGAAUAUACUACAAAAAUAUUCAUUAAUGUUGCUAUGCCAUAAGGGUUUACUUAUGUUAACCGUGCCGUAGUCUCCCAGCAAGAUUAAAAUUUAAUAUUCUUACAAUUUCUAGGUAUUUAUGUAGAGUGGAAGAGGUACGACAAAGCUGUGAUAUAAUUAUACAGGUAAACGAGAAUCUUUUACUGCUCCUUUAAUGUAUUGCAUUACAAAACAUAGUUGCAGGUUUCGAUAUUUUCAAUCAUAGUGCGUGCAUGCUUUUUAUUUUGUGGUUUGCAUGCUGCUGAAGCAUGUGCUAUAAAUUAAAAACGGAAAACCCACGUAGUGCCCACGGGAAUACCGGCGGGGCUUGUUAUCGGUGAGUCCUCCAAUCUCCAGGCUUGGCAUAGAAACUGCGUCACGCGUUGAAUUUCUUAGCAGACUUUACACUGUGAUACUUUGUUAAAUUCCUGCAGCAUACUUGAUGAGGGAACUUGGGCACGUUGUAUUCAAUGACGUAUUGGUUAGGGUUGGGCUUUUGGUCUGGGUUAUUUUAUAGGCGUGAAAUUACAAACUUCGCAAGUUAUUAAGGAUAUAUUAGGCGUUGUAACCAAUAAUCGUAUUGUGGCUUACAACCAGGACCGCCGAAAGUUGUUGCGGGCCCCGGGGCAAAACUUCCCAGGGGGCCCCUAUGACGCCAUAAUUGUAAAACUGGAGUAGCAGUGUUUUACAAUACUGUAUAUUACACUUUAUUGCAUAUUAUCCGGCCCUAACGCAGCUAUAGGAUUUAUACUCUCAGUUAUUAAGCAAUCUUGUAUCAAGAAAAGUGCCCCGACCCCCUACGGUGGCUCUGCUUACAACGUGCGGAUCGGCAGAUUUCAGUAGCGUAAACUAAUUUCCCUGGAUCCUGAAGAGCCAAACAGCCGCUGCUCGCAUCCUACAGGAAUGAAUUUCUCUGUAUUGUUGUCAUCUAUAGUCUUUAAACCGUAUGCCCGAAGGUGAAGUGAAAGUGGAUGACGCCAAAAUCUCUCCCCCGAAACGAUCUGAAAUGAAGGUAUGAAUCGCUAGAAUUCUGCAGCUUUUUACUGGUAGCCAAUUUUUAUAUGUGUUAAUGAUAAAAAAUGUAGAACUUUUUUCUCGUUUAGAUUUUAAAUACUAUAUUUUCAUGUAGACAUGGCAUGCAUGUGGACAUUCAUGUAGACAUGGCGUGGUAGUGCUCUAGUUUCUCUCAAAUUGCAUGAUUGGCAUAAAAAUAUUCCAUUAUACACAUACAGUACACGUGUAUUCCUUAUACGGUAUACUAAUACAGUACAUGUAUGUAGCGUCAAUGUUUAAUGUCGAUUACACAUGGUGUGGGUGCCCAUAUACUCGACAACUGAGACCUAAGUAUUAGUUUUUAAUGAGGGAAGAAACCCGGAAAAAACAUGAGUUUUUCAGUACAGGGACGUUUUCAAACCUGAGUAAAUCCCGUACCCCAAUGUAAUCCUGAAAACGUGAUCUGACAAUAUAAUACAAUAUGUCAGACCAACCCACGUUUUGGUCGGACAUGAUCGCACACUAAUUAUUUAUUGGACUCUAAAGAGAAAAAUUGUACAGUACAUUACAUUAUAAUUUUUUCAUUUGCAUGUUUUUACGAGAAUUCAGAAGAGAUUAUUGAAAUUAAUGAGGUAAAAUGGACGGCGUAAUGCUUGCGCAGGGAGGGAAAUCAGUAGUAGGCUAUAUCAGCAUUUGCUCGGGAAAUGGUCUAUCGCCGACUGUUAUACUGCACACUAUCCCUAACGGCCGGUGUCUCUGUCCCUUUUCUGGCAGCAGUGAUAGCCGCAAAAGACAUAAGAUGCGCCUCAUUUCCAAACUUGGCACUGUCCACCCCCUUGCAUAUAUUAAUAAACGUUUUCCUGUGUUUAGCUCUAUAUCUGUCUUUGCCUGACAUUGUAUAUGUUGUAAUUGUGUCUUUAUCCCCCAGCUUCCAUUCUCAAACCGCUGUAUAUUACAUACCCUACCUUCGAUCUAGGCUCAGAAAAUCAGUUUAGCCUCACUCUGAAUGCUUCAAACAUGCCUAUAGACAAACUUUCAAGCUUCCAUGCAAACAUGUUUCUAACGUUUUCUUCGACCGUAUCAUAAAUUAUUUUUAGAAAUUAAUAAUUAUGUAUUUUAUAGGAAUCAAUGGAGGCAUUGAUCCAUCAUUUCAAACUAUAUACUGAAGGUUACCAAGUACCGCCAGGUUCUACGUAUACGGCAAUUGAAGCACCUAAGGUAAGAAUAUUUUAUAUGUAAUAAUUAACAAUUAUAGGAUGAGGCUGAGCAUGAUAUCAAGAAUUAUCAAGGUCAAUGUUAUCUGCCGAAGGCUGAGGCGUAUAACAUUGACCGAAGUUUAGAUAAUUCUUGCAUGAUAUCAUGUGAAAGUCGAGUCCAAUAAUUGUUUUAUAUGCAUAGAUAGUGUAUUUAUCAUCAAAACAGCCUUGACUAUAUCAACUUUAAGUAUUUUGUCCAGUCGUACACAGCAAAACGAUGGUUAAAACGAAGAAAGUGCAUUGGUUUACGAUUCAGUAACAACGUCUCGUUAUGAGAAUAAAACAGACAAUGCUAUAUAUGAGUAUGUGCAUGAAAGUCUUAAUUUUCUAAUUCUGCUGACAAGUUUUCGUGCAAAAACGUGCUUUACUCCUAGUUGAUUUAUAUAUAAGGCAUCUAUCUAUUUCAAAGAGUGCGCCUAAAUUGAUAUUCUUGAACAAUUUCGAGCCUUUUAUUAUACACGCUCUGGAAAGUAUACGUCACCUUCGCCCGAAACGGUUAUAUCGAUAUAUCUUUGGUCAUAUCGAUAUAUCUUUGGUCAUAUCAUAUGGAAAUCGUGAAUAUUUCAGUAUACACUUGUGGGUUGAUGCUUCCUUUUUUGUUGUAUGACUUUUGGGGAAGUGGGCUCCCAGAAGGAUGCCCAAGUCAUGUCUUUUAAUGGUUAAGAGUAGACCUUCAAAAGCUGGAAUUCAAAGAUUGAUUGAUACGAGUUGAAUACUUUAUUUCGUUCAUUUAGAUUUAUUAAAAAUUUCGCCUCAUAAAUAUAUACAGGCUGGGUUACCAAUUACUGCGGCCCCAUCGUACUUCUACAUCAUCGUUCGUGUCCCGCCUGGGACUACGUACCAUCUGCAGUGAAAUUUUUAGUCAUCUGCUUCGCCAUAAACUGGAACUUGAUUGAUUAAAAUGGAAUUCUAAUCUAAUCCUUAUUUUCGUUAUAGUCGAUUUCAGGAAACUUUGACCACAAAUGUUCCGAACUUCGUUGCGAAGUUCAAAAGUUCAUAAUGAGAUUCACAAACCAGUUUGUAAACUACGCAUUUGAUUGACUUCUCUUACACAUUGGCUUGUGAAUUCCAAUAUGAACUUCCGGACUUCGCAACGAAGUUCGGAACAUUUGUGAUCAAAGUUUCGCGAAAUCGACUGUAAUAUUAUUUCAACAAAAGCUGUCUGAAUUUGGCAUGCAAAUUUUGGCAUGCAAAUUUACUGUUACAGCUACUCACUUGACUGUUGUAUAUUAUACUCCUUUUUUCUUAGGGAGAGUUUGGUGUAUAUCUUGUUUCUGAUGGCAGCAGCAGGCCUUAUCGAUGUAAAAUUAAAGCACCGGGAUUUGCACAUAUGGUAAGAGUAUACUGUAGAUGCUAUCACCCAAACUACACAGAGUUUACUCCAUCCCAAAUGGUUGGCUCAAUUUUUGAAUUUUUCUUUUAAUACAUUCUUCUUGUUGAGGUAUCAUACAUUUCAUUAUAUCCUGCAUACAUGAACUUUAAAACAUGAUUUUCUGAAGUGAUCAUUUUCGACACUUUUAUAAACACUGCUCAAUCAGUCGAAUAUUUCAGUGUUCAAAAAUUCAAUAGGUAUAAGGCAGACGCUGGCAGUAGCCAUAUUAGUAUUCUUUAUAUAAAGAAUACUAAUGAGGACACGACUAUAAUGGAUACUGCCUUAAUAUUAUAGUAUUCUUUAUUAUAAAGUAUUAGUAUUAUAAAGAAUACUAAUUAGGAGUGUUUUAUCAGGUUUAAAGGUUUUUUUCAGGUUUUAUCAGGUUGUCUUUGUAGCCUCAAUAUAUCGCCCACCACUGCAUGAUAUUAAACAAUGAUUAUCUUUGUCAUACCGUAGUUGAAACUGAUAGAUACAAUGGUGUAAAUAAAGUUUACUUAUAUUUUUCUUAAUUGUUGUUGCAUCAUCAAUUCUGCAUUUUUCAAUAGUCUGGACUACAUGAACUCAGCAAGGGUCACAUGUUAGCUGACGUUGUGGCAAUUAUAGGUAAGUGACAAAUUAGCCUUUUCCCAAAAGAGAUUACAGGGCAUUCUGGAAUCGUUUGGAGGGACAAAAUAUAUGAUGACAGGCGUCAAAUAUGUAAAAGAGUAGAAGUAUCUACUAUCAAAUAUCAACCAAAAAUGAAAUAUCUCCUUUUUACAUUAACAUGUAAUUUAAAUGUGUGCUGCCAUAUUUCUUGUCCCUCCAACAUGGGAUUUGUGCGACUAGAGCCAGGACUUUGGGAAAUGGCUAAUUAUUGAAGAUGGAAAUUUCGAGUGACAUUUUUAUACAUUUAUUAGACCUAACCAGGGGCAGUUGCAUGCUGAAAAUGCAACUAUCAGUCCUCUGGCAGGAAUUGGGGCUGUGGUUCUGCGAUCCCGGUGCAGCGCUCUAACAACUGAGCUACAGAGUCCAGUUGUCGAGCUCUAACCACAAGUUCAUGUUUAGAUACUAAGGUGAUGCCAAUAGACCCAUUGCACUGACGUCACAAAUCCUCAGAGUGUCCUCCAGAUGCUCCCUAACAAUAUAUCUAUUCGGGUACAACAACCACAUACAGCGCAAUUAACUAAUUAAUACUAAAAUUUAAUACUAAAAUUAACCAUUUUAGUACAAAAUUAUUAUAAACUUUUACAAAAUUUGCUUUAAGUUCUUUGUAUGUUUGCAUGGUGAUAAAAUAAUAAUUUGCUUUGCAGUAUUAAGUUUACGUGGUGUUUCCACAAACAAAACUAUUAAAAUUUGCUUUGUUUACAAAAGUUAUAUUAUGCAUAGAUUGCUAAUUUGUCCUCCAGAUGCAUCGUCACCGUCACUGUGACGUCAUGUGCAAUGGGUCUAUUUACAGUGUAUGUGUGUGUAAAUAUUAGGAUUUUGGGUAGCCCGCGUGCAGGCCACUACCAAGUUCCCUUGAGCCUGCUCCCUUUAUUGGGCCUGCACGCGGGCUAGGUUUUGGGCAUCUCACUCGAUAUCACUAAAGCCUGUUUUCCACUAGGCGGAAUUUUGCGUGCGGAGCGGAAUUUUUCUUUGUCUUGUGAUCUCUCGGGUGGAGCUAAUUAGAAAAGACAAAGAAAAUUUCCGCUGCGCGUGCAAAAUUCCGCCUAGUGGAAAACCGGCUUAAAGGCCGUUUUCCACUAGGCGGAAUUUUCCACGCGGAGCGGAAUUUUUCUUUGUCUUGUUGAUUUCUCGGGUGAAACUAAUUAGAAAAGACAAAGAGAAAUUCCGCUCCGCGCGGAAAAUUCCGCCUAGUGGAAAACGGCCUUAAUUGUUGAAGGGAUUUGUAGAUAAAAAUUUCGAGUGGAAUUUUUAUUCAUUUAUUGCACCUGAAGGAGCAGUUGCGAAAAAUACAACUAUCGGCCCAGGAAUCGAACCUACGGCCCUGUGACCGCGGGAUCGCAUCACGUUAUCAUUAUUGUGUUGUUCGGUCAAGGUUUAAAAAAUCAAGAUCACGGACAGUCAUUCCUUUCAGCCGGAAUAUUUCAAAAAUAUUUUAGAUAUGAAAAUAGGUUAAAGGUAGUUCCGAAAGUUCCUACAAAUGCGAAGAAUUGAAUAUUUAUUGGUAAAUCCAUUUCAGAUUUGUUUUCAUUUUGGUUUUGUGUUUCUAGGAACCAUGGAUAUCGUUUUUGGAGAAGUCGAUCGUUAAACCCUUGCAACCAUUUAACAAAUAAGGAUGAUUUACUUGACCAUAUAAGUAUUUGUAUAUUUCUUUUCAAUAAAAAUGUUCAAUUAUUUUA